AUGGAGUCCGGGAUUAGCCGCAGUGUUGAUAGUCCUGACAUAAUAGGUACACCCAAGACCCCCUUCUAUGAGAAGCAUUCGAAUCGCGCAGAUCAGCAUAAUAUGGUCAUUAAUCAUCAUAGCUCGGAUAAUAUGGUUUCUGUUCGUUCACUAUCUCAGAAACCUACCGAUUCUCUUCUGGAGUCUCGUUCCCUCAGUAGAAGAAACGUGAAGAAGCUUACAUUGGUACCUGCUGCUACUGUUGCCGCUGCUACUGUUGCCGCUGCUACUGCUACGGCUACUUCCUCGAGUCCCCUUUGCUUGGACAGCCCCUCCGGAAAUUUCAAUAGCGAUGCAUUUAGUGUGAAAAGCAAUGCCAGCGAUUUGUCUCACAAUUCCAUCUAUUACAACGAUCCGGAAAGAAAGACUUCCACUGACGAGCUUAUGAAUAAUAUCCAACAUUUGGAGUUAGGUGUGGAAUAUCAGGUGCCUAUAAAAGCUGAAGAAUUGGUUCAAUUGAAGAAACUGGGUUCUGGAAACUCAGGAAGCGUCUCCAAAAUGCUUCAUCUACCUACACAGAAAAUUAUGGCACGUAAAAUCAUACAUCUUGAGGCCAAAGAAGUGGUCCAAUCUCAGAUUAUUAGAGAAUUGCGUAUUAUGCAUGAGUGUGACUCUCCCUUCAUUAUUGGGUUCUAUGGUGCCUUCAUUCACGAGGGUAAUGUGGUAAUUUGUAUGGAAUAUGUUGAUUGUGGCUCGUUUGACAAGAUACAGAAGCUUACUGGCCCAUUGCCAGAGUUUAUGCUUAAGCAUGUUGCAUAUUCUGUUCUUUCUGGACUAAACUAUCUGUAUGAUACACAUAGAAUCAUUCACAGGGACGUUAAACCGUCUAAUGUUCUACUCGACUCCAAAGGAAACAUUAAACUUUGCGAUUUUGGUGUUUCCAAAGAACUGAUCAAUUCAAUGGCCGAUACCUUUGUCGGUACAUCUACGUAUAUGUCACCAGAAAGAAUACAAGGUGGUGUUUAUACUGUGAAAGGUGAUGUCUGGUCUUUAGGUAUCAUGCUUUAUGAGCUUGCUUCUGGAAAACAAGCUUACAGUACCACUGAGAACCCAAACAGAGGGCCCGAUUCGAUCCUAGAACUUAUGCAGCGUAUUGUUAAUGAACAGCCUCCUGCUCUUUCUGUUGAAGAUGGAAUUUCUCCUGAACUUUGUGACUUUGUUGCCCAAUGUCUUAGAAAGGAAAACGAUCGAGCAGGACCAAGGGAACUUAUGAAACAUGAAUUCCUUUCUGACUUUAUUGACUCAGAUGGUUUCAGGGUGAGUCAAAAAUACAGAAGUAGCAUUAAAAGAUGGGCCAGAAACGUUCGCCGUGUUCAAAAGGGAAAGCCAGUAAAAUAA